AUGGUCUGUGUUCUGCGAGUGGAAACUAUUACUGACGAUGACACAACCUCGCAGAUUCUACAGUCAUUCUGGAAGCUCGAAGCAAUGGGCAUCACAGAUUCUGCCGAACCUCCCUAUACUGAGACCAUUGCACGCUUCCGAGGAACAGUUCGCAAGAAAAAUGGCAGAUACACCAUGGCGCUGCCUCGGAAAGAAGAGCAGAAACAGCUACCUGGAAGCAACCGUGAUACCGCGCUCACACGUCUACAAAAACUGGUAAAAAGGCUAUCGAUGAAUGAAGGAUUAUUGGAGCGAUACGACGCAGUCAUCCGACAAUACCUGGAGCUAGGACACGCCAAACUGGCACCUCAGAAUGUUCCUAUUGAUCGGGCCACCUAUUAUAUGCCACAUCGGGAAGUUAUACAAGAGGAAUCGCUGACCACCAAGCUCCGGGUCGUGUUUGACGCAUCGUCACACGCUCAAGGCUAUCCAUCACUCAAUGACUGCCUGGAUAAAGAGGUGAACCUCAAUCCAGAGUUACUACAAGUGCUACUUCGCUUUCGGUGGUUUCCGGUCGCCAUCAACUCGGAUAUCGAGAAGGCAUUCUUGCAAAUUGAGAUACAGGAGACCGACCGAGAUGCAUUCCGGUUUCUCUAG